AAGGCGGACAUCGAGAAUCUCUGCGAGGACGUCGAGGCUGGUGCCUCGAGGUGGCACCAGUGCCUGCAGAACAGGGUACAGGAAAUCUCCAGCCCAGUGUGCAAGACGAUGGUCUCGAUCUUCCAGAAGACCGCGGGCAGCCGCGCGGGCAUCGACUUCACGACCAGGAUCAAGUGCGCCAACGAGAUGAAGACGUUCUGCAAGGACCGGGAUGUGCCUCCUGGGGAUAUGCGGAUGAUGGUGUGCCUGAACUUGAACGUGAAGGAAGAGGCAGAGGGCUUCACGAAGGCCUGCAAGUCGGCCCUGGCCGGGAAGCUCAAGAACAAGGCCAUCGUUGACAAGAUGAAUGGCACCAAGAAGAGCAAGUUGGACGCCGUCAAGGAUCGACUUGCUCAAGAAGCAUGCGAGCUUCAACGACAAGUAUGGCGCUCUGCUGUUCUUGGGCACCGUCUGCUUUGUUGCGGUUUUGUCGUGCGCUUCUGCCUACUGCAUCAUCCAGAGAAAGUUGAACAGGGUCAUGUACACCGUGGACCGGGCAGAGGACGCGUAGGAACCGUUAUGCACACACUGCUCCAGCUCGGUGAGGCUGGGUAUAUCAAAAGAUACCGAUACCGCUACUCCCCGGACCUCUCCCGGGGUGCGUUCUGACCAGAAUUUCGAAGCGAAUCCAGCGGUGGCGACGAGGGCAGCCCAGGAGGCCCCUAAAGGGGAAAGCGAGGCAAGGGCAGCGGUACGGGUACGUUUUCCUCAUCGGAGCUCUAGUCCGGUGUGGCUCUCACUGUGUUUCACCCGCAGUUAGACUCGUUCGUGACGCCUUGCCACCACCGACAGCUCCUUCGCUCCCGUCGGGCCGCCCCCAUGGCGCGGGAUGAGCAUGGAGGCAUUGGAGGCUCAUGGAGGCAUUGGAGGCGCAUGGUGCCGCUAGCGGCAGCAACAUUGGAGGCUCAUGGACCUGAUACGCCGUAGGCACGCUGUGCUGGCGAACUUUCUCGACUCCGC